AUGGGUGGGGGUGCUGAGGCAAUCGACGAGAGGACGCCGGAACUGAAGGUGGAAUCGCCUGAGGAUUUUGUCGACAUCCUUGGCAAUGGCUUGGUGACUAAGAAGGCGAGUGGUGAUCUGUUUUUAAUAUGAAUUUUUCGGUCGAGGCGGGGUAGAAAUAUUAAUUUCCGGUUAUUAUUGAAAAAUUCGCCAAUACUUAACACGUUUCCCUGUCUUUUUCGUCGCUAUUUCACUGUAGGCGGCUAUUUUCGCCCCUUUCGGUGACGCACCUGCGAUUCCGGCCGAAUCCAUUGAAUUUUUUUACAACUAUUGCAAUAGCUAUUUUCCCCUGACCUAGGUCGGAGGAGCGUGUAAAAGUCGCAAUAUCUGUCGAAUAUCCAUCCUACUCUGGGAAGGUGAUCUAUCAGUCCUUGUCCGCGUCCUUUCAAGUCAGGUCAGGCAGCGCCUCGUUCUCUUGAAGCAUAGCGCACAAGUGGUUGCAAGGAGUUUCCAUCCUUCUCCUGUCGUUUUGAAGAUGAAAAAUGGGAUUCUAACUCUUCGCGAAUCAGCUUUCUGUUUAGCUUCUUGCACAUAUGUCUACUUGUGACUACCUGGAGUGGCGAAAACAGCUACAGACGCACGUAACAUUCGUUCCGAAAUGCUAAGUGGGAAGUCUGUUUUUUUUCAGCUUACCCAAUGACAGAUGGCGGUGUGCCGGCAGCAAACGUCACCGUCACCAAGGUUCGCAUUACCGGAUUUGUCUGCAGCACCCUCGCAUUAUAUAGCUUUCUUUUACGGCGUAUAACUAGGAUACGUACCGCUUGUCGCACUCUAUGAACUUCGGCCGGGUUUUUUAAAAAUGCUGCCGCGAAGAACGUCAAUAUUUUCGGCCUCCAAAUUGACUAAAGCGAGCAUGCACGUGGUCGUGCUAGGUGCAAUUUCAGUUCUGUGCGACCGCUGAGGCAUGUCGGCUUUCCGAUCUGGACCACGUCGAAAAUGUCGCCGUAUUGGCCUGAACCCCUGUUGACUUUUAUGGUGUUCUCUAUGGAGUGGAUGAGAUCGUCUAGUCCACUUGUCUAUUUGUAAUUGCUGUCAAAAUCAAAGUAUUCCCUAACGGCAUCUCUGAAUAUAAGAAAGUAGCUCCGUGGUUGACGCGUGCUUAUAGGGACAGGGGUUCCCAGUACUUCAGCCCUCAGUGGCUACCAGUCAGAAAACCUAGAUUUUUUCAUAAGCUCUUCGUGGAGUCCAUAACUUCAUCGCAAAAUUAGUCACCACAGAUACCCGCGUUUACUUGACGCCUAUCUGACCAGUCCUCUUCUGUUGCAAAUGUUGGUGUUGAUGAUGAACGGGUGGAAAUCAAACCUUCCCAAUUGCCCUUGUCCGAGAGCAGUCUUCCCUAGUAUAUAUAUCCAGCACCACUCAACAAAGCCUGCGUUGGUAGUUUGGGACUAUUUUAAAGUUGGCUGGAUCGGACAUAUGCACAUACGCAGAAGGUGCAGACACCUUCAUUGUCGGCUGCUGUCGUUACACUCUUUCACUCGUUAAAUUUCCGAAAUUAAGGCAAUACCGGCCACUUGACAGCAGGUACGACAUGAGAAAUUGGACACCCUGUAUGCGGACAUACAUAAAGCACCUUUAUUCUCAUUGUCUCCAUAACCGAUCAUUUUGUCUUAUAAACACAUCUCAACCGUUCAUACGCAUAAAUGCGAAAAGUUGCGACCUUACUACACUUUCAUCAAGCUCAUUAAGCAGGCGUAUUACUUGCAAAACCUCUUCUGUAUUUACGAUAUGCCCUUAUAAAAAACAUCCAUCUACAACAGCAUCCUUAUAUGCCGCAUCCAUGUCGCAUGCGACAUAAUCAUAUAGGAUCGCCAGUUAUCGGAUUUGCAGUUUUAGUGAAAACUUCAACCGUGCUGCAGUUUGCACCAUGCCUGAACUGAUCUUUUUGCCACAAUGAACGUGGUAUAUUGUUAGCACACGCCUAGUGAACUGAUGGUCGAAAUACGCACAAGCUGAAUCACGUCAACUUGUAAACCAUGAAUUUGCUACAUUACCAUCGAAAUUUAAUUGGAUGCCUGUCGAUAUUCUUUUUUAAGGUUCUGAAAAGGGGACUUGGCCGCGACAGUCGUCCUAAUCACGGUGACUCUGUUGUCAUCAGCUAUGAGGGCUGGCUCGAGGAUGGCACUGUAGUAGACACGGAAAGCCAUUUAAGCACUGUUCUUGGCGAGGGGGACUGUAUUCAUGGUAAGUUAGUCAGCAAAAAUCUUAUGCUGUCAGCUUUGCGCCUCGCGCUUCCUUUAGCUGAAUUAAAGGAGGAGUUCGAACUGAAGACAGAUUCUCGUUUCGCUUACGGCGAUUUAGGCCGGUGAGUUUUGUUGCAUUUCUUGUGACUGAACUGCGUGCCUGCUUAGCAGCUUUUGUAUUAUUCCAUUUUAGAGUUAACACAUCAUACCUUCAUCUGAGUCAUAUACCUCAUUAUGUAGUUUGAUGACAGUCUUUUGACACGUUUUGUUCAAACUGACAACCGCCAAGAACCUAGUCUUCUUUGCUUCACAGUGACUUUACCGGCGAUGUUUCGAUAAGAGUGGCCUGUAUUUUUGCACACGAUCUGCAGACAACUUUCACGAAGUUUAUUAUGACUGCUUACGUAAUUUUUACACGCAAAUGAAUUAUUUGUAUGUUAAAAACAGGCAAGUAUGCCAGUUGCAUUUUUAAGGCAGGUUUGCUACUUUUAACAUAUGCGGCUAAACUUAUGGAAUCACCCAGAUCGUUGCACAUGUCUGCAGAUAGACAACAUUACUUGAACAGUGUCCUAAUACUUAGUGGCAUGGAUCAUGCACUAAGUUAUUUCGUACGUGGUAGCAUGCUUCUUUUUGGUAAAUUAUUUUUGCAAUCGCCUAUUGACUGUUGUGUUUUUUUUCAUUGAUUUCCAAUGCGAAUUUAGAGUGAGUAGUAUGUCAUGGUAGAAGGGGCAUAAGAAUUGCAUUUGCUCAUAAACUUUAUUACAGGAUCUCUUUAAAUCUAUUACUUGAUAUAAUUAACAGUUUCAGAUUUAAAACAGUUCUUAUCUAAAUUUCUGGGGAUUAUGAUUGCUUGCGUAGUCUAGUACUCAUGGUCUUGUUAGAACUUGUCGCAACGUACGCGGCGUGACCCAUGUCUCUUGCGAUAUUUCAUGAGUACCAAGAGGUCUCGUCACAGAAAGAAAGAGUUGUCCUGCAGAAAAUGCGCAGACCGCGUAUUUCUUGAACAGCAGUUAGGGGAUACACUUCAGAAGAUGAAGACGCGAUCACUGGGACAAGAAGUUUAUUUGCCUGACGUUUCGGAUUCUCACUCGAAUCCAUCAUCAGAGACAUUCGCAGAUAGAGGGGAUACACUGUUGAUUUCCGUACCGCUACGCCGUGGUUUUUUUCUUGCGCAUAAAGAUGACAGAGUGGAGAAAAUUUUAGCUGUGGUCUUUAAGAAGGCCAGCCGCUCCUUAACGGAAAAUGUUAGACGAGAACAGUGAACCGAGGCAGUCAUUUGCGUCCUGCCCAGCCGAGCUAAACAACCUCCAAGCGCAUCUUUUCCUCCCGCAAUUUGGAUUGUAGACGCACUUGUAGACCGUUUCCAACCAUAUUAAUUUGACGCAUAACUUGCUAAAUGAAGUAGGAUUAUCUCGUUAGAGAAGAAUUUGCUAUUGGUUUUAUUCAGGACGGCUCCAGAAAUAGUUAAGGUUUCUCAUGCUGUUCUCCAACCGCGGGGAGUUUGACGUGCUCUUACUUUGGCUAGUUUGUAACCACUGGGCUUCCAUAGACUGGAAGAAGCUGAUAUGUAGUGGCAAAUUAUACGUUGAGUGCGACAUAGAGCGCGCCGACGUUACGCCUACCCUACAACAGUGAUCUGGGUUGCCUUUAUGGGACCACUAGGAAGUUAUCAGUUACAUGCCAUGAAUGCUGAUUACUUAGUGAAUGUGACAUGAAAUUACCUAAUUUCCAUGCAAACGUAAGCUUUUGAUUUUUCUGCCUCUUCAAAAAGACCACCAGAAAUCCCCAGCAAGGCCAAACUCACAUAUCGUGUUGUGCUGGAACAGUGCGGAGAUCCUCCAUGCUAUGAAAAAAUGUCAAGAGAUCGUCGUUUCCAAAUAGCAGAUAGAAAACGCGAAAAGGGGAAUUACUACUUUUCGUGAGUCCUUGUACAUAUCCAACUUAAUUUCUUUUCGUAUUCUCCACUGCCGUUCCACACCCAACUUUCGAAUUUCACGCCUUUAUUCGGGCGUGCGCACUUUUGAUGUUCCAGUAACUCCUUUAACGCAAAUGUUGAUCAGACUCCUUGAGCCUUCAGCCACUAACUCCUAAGGAAAAGUUAGUGUGCGGUCCUUGACCUCUUUCAGAUUUACAAAAUUUCUAGUUUUGAGGUUUAGUAGAGGGCAAGUGGAUGACUGAUCAUCCGUGAUAAUCCUCUGCCGUUUGUGUACUUAGCAGGGACCAUAUUUACUGGCCAUCAUCUCUUCCGCAUUGGCGACUUUGCACUUUUAGCCCUUCUAUAGUCCGUCUUUCCCGGUAUUGGGUCAGUUAGUCUUUGUCUACUUCUCUCAAAGGUGCCUUCACUUAGCCCUUGAUUAUUAUUUCUCCUUGCUUAUGCAGCCGGCAAGAAUAUCAGUUCGCGCUGACGACUUAUGUAAAGGCUGUCGAAAUACUUACCAUCCGUUCGGACUCUGAUGAAAUUCUGUCUGAAUCCGAGAACGAUGCUCCUCCGCGGUCUCUUACUGAAUUCCUGGAUCUGGAGAUAAAGUUGAGAAAUAAUGUUGCUGCCUCACAGCUGAAGGUAUAUCUUACAUGCUGUUCAUUUAACCUGUCUAGCUGUCUACAGUGUGGUUCCUAAAACUAUGGCCAACUCCAAGCAUGCUUUGGGAAAAUUGAUAGUUCACGCGUCCUAAGCUAUAUGCAGCUGGACAUUAGGCAACUCGCUGGUAUCGGGCCAUUCGGCACACUGUCUUACAAAAUAAGAGCUGGUGAGACUAAAGGAACUGAAAUGUCGGUCUUAGCCAGUUAUGUCUUAUCCUUUGCGCUAAACCGAUGUUUGAAGGGCUAUGAAAAGACGAUUAAUACCUCACUUUCAAAAAAUAAGAUGGUUUUGUGACACAGUGGUCAAAUGCAUUUUUAUUACUCAGAACCUAAUUGCGCUCGCACGUCGACCUGAGGGCCAUUAACUGAAGAUUCUGGAUUCCACGCCGGAGAAGUUUUGUAUCUCCGAGGACUAAUCUUUUUCUGCUUGCAAUAUUUAAGUUUUUCUAAAUUCCUACUUGUGGGGACCUGCCUAUAGAGUGAUAUGAUUUCGAGCCCCCAAACACUGUCAUCUAUCCGAACUUGGCCGACUACCCUUAGUAAUACUCCCUUUACCAUGCAAUUAUGUAUUCACUUUCCGUAGCUUCUCCCAGUGAGGCUUUAAUUUAUUUCUCUCCCAACUUUUUGCUUUAGCUCGAAGCCUAUCAAUCAGCCUCAAAGACUUGUGACGCAGUCCUUCAACUAGACCCGACCAAUUCAAAGGCGCUUUUUCGGAAGGCAAAGGUUAUUUCAACUGCAGAUUUUUUGUUUUUAACCAGAAAUAUUGACCUUCGUAGUACUGACUGGGUCUGCUUUUCUGUGCUGUUAGUAACUAUCUGUAGAAUGCGACAACCUGAUAAUGGUUCGGCCGUCUCGAAGGACGUGGCCCAUCACUGCCCCUCGAGGUAGACCCAGUAGUGAUUUGUACGUGGAUUUGCUUAUAGUGAGACAGACCUGCUACGUAUGUACUUAAUUCUCCUCACCCACAGUUUUCUGCUGUCAAAGCAAAUGUAGGACGACUGGGACUGGCCGUGGCUGCAGUGGCUGACAACUAAACAGCCCAUCUAGGUGUACUACACACGACCUGGUUCCCAACAUGUCCCCGUCCACAUUUGGGGCAGGGAUUUCGGAUUUGGGAACCACCGCGAUCUGUCCUCGUUCCAAAGGAGGACUGAGUUACCCCGUCAGCUGAUAAUCCCCCAAGUCACGGCUGUUUGCGCGUCUGAUUCAUUAUAGUAAGAAAUGCACUAAUUUUCCAUGAAGACGACUUCCCCAUUAUUGGCCUCACUAACCCUUUUUAUGAUACUACCGAACUGUCCGAGUCAAGCCAAAUGGAAAUGAGAGUGGGCACAAUGGCAGACGUGCCAUACGUAUAUACUGCAGUUGUUACAGGCAUUCUCAGACUCGGCGCAGCCCGAUGAACGCGUACAUUUAACCAGUGGAGCCUCCGUUUUGUUCCAACGAAUAUAAAGCAGGGCCCGUUUUUGGGGAGUUUACAUGGCAGAAGCCAGAAAACACACGGACUGGGCCUCCAUUUCGUAUAGGUACGUGGGCUAGAUUUUAUGUGAACAGACAUUUGUUCUCCUCACUGAACAAGCAGCUGUCCGGUCCUGCGGGAACUGGCAGCCCUCUGACUACUACAUUUUAUUCGCACGGAAAGGCCAGAUUACCGAGAGCGCUUCGCCACAACAACCUGCUUAGCAAUUUCAUUUCCCAUAUGGUAGGCUCUCGCUGGACUUGGAGACUUCGCCGAAGCCAUCGCUCUCUUUGAAAAGGUUCUGGAACUCACUCCCUCCUCUACUCAAGCGAAGUUUGAGUUAGCUAAGGUGCGGAAUGCAUGGAAAAAGAUGCGUGAACGCCAGCGGCGUGCCUUUGGACGGAGCUUCAAGACCACGAUUUCAAAAGCAAAGCCUACUCGGACCAAACUAGACCGUAUAAAAGAGCUGGUGAGCCCUUGUUUGGUUUUUUCUCUGCAUGUUUUCAGUGGAUAUUUGAAUUUUAGCUGUGGGGCACACCGUGGACAGUCGAAGUCGACGGUCGAACUGUCGUACGCUGACAAAGACCAUCCCUAGAUGAGGGGAAUUGGCCAUUGGCCUUUAGUCAAGUAAUCAAUCCAGAUGUUAUGCGCCAGGAGUUUCACGCAACAUUUGCUAUCUUCCAGGUGCAUAUUUAUCAAAGCUUUGACUUAUAAACGUGACUGAGCAAUGCUCUUUAGUACUUUCGACUAUGUCGAGCUCCCUGAUAACCAAGGCCGCAUCGAUGAUAAAAGCUAGAAAUUUGGAGCACUUGAGCGCUUUGGCGAACUGACAGACGUUCGAGACAUUGCAAAUUUGGGACAGAACCCAUUCUUGAAUCGGACAGUUUAUUCCAAACUAUCUGUUUAACUACUAACAUGUGACCAGACAGGUCGUAGCGGCUGAAAUUUGUUGCUUACAGCCGUCUUUCGCACCACCUCUUACAUAACUUUUUUUCGCUACAAGUGCCACCGUUACCGUUUCGCCCUAUCAGCCCUCUUGGUGGCUGGAAUCUCCGUAGCCAUCGGAGCUGCCGUGACGCGGUAUCAAGAGUAA